UCUUGUGUCAAUUAAUUUCAGAUGACGAUACCUACAGCAUACAAUAUAUAAAACUUGUGAUUAAAAAUGGAUUGUGUGUUCUACAUGGAAGCGAAAAUCAGAAAAUUGAAGAAAUAUCUCGAGUGAUUGAAGAUGAAGAACAAUUGAUAUUCCACGCGAAUAGUCAUGGUGAUAAUCGCAGCAAUGAAGAUCAGCUAUCGGAGUAUAAUAAAGAAAAUGAAGCACUCAUGUUUGAAUCCUUUGAAUCACAGGAGUAUGAUCAGAAUGAAUCACAAUCGCAGGAGUACGAUAAAAAAGGAAAGAAGAGUAGCGAUUACUGGAGCAAUUCAGGAACACCGUUUCUUCUCGAUAAAUAUGAAACAUAUAUGUCGGAUAUUGGUCCCAUGAAAAAAUUCAAAACUAAAAAAUUGAUGUGGGCGCAAAUUUCAAAAGAUAUGCUGACGAUGUUGGACGUAUUAAAAACUCCUCUUCAAGUUGAAAAUCGGUAUAAAACCGUUCUCAAAAGGAAAAAAAAAGCAGUUGAGAACAACUCUAAAUCAGGCAGCUCUAGAGAGGAUGUACCAUUCGAAGAAGAAUUGCGUAAAAUUGCUCAUUCGGACGAUAGUAUUGAGCCCGAGGUGUUGCGAAAUGCAAGGAGCGUUAAAUAUCCUAAAUUGAAUACAAGAAUGUCGGAAGAAAUCUGCAAUGAUAGUGCCUCUACACAUUCUACUGAUAGCUCACCACCGAAGACAAAAAAAUCGAAACCAAGUGAUAUUGAUAAAAGGAUGGAAUACUGGAAAAAUAAAGAAGCGGCAAAAGAAAGACGUCACCAAGAAAAGUUGAAUUUAAUACGGGAGUUGUUCGCCAAACAAAAGUAGCGGGAACUAAAGUAAGGUGAUA